AUGGAGAACAAUACCCAAUACACCCCAGAAGGCCUGGGGCAUGUCUCAGGCCAGAUCCCUCGGGCCUUCUGGGGCGCAUCGUCACAGCAGAUUCUCACAUCCGCCUGUCUGCUUAUCCCCGUGUAUUUGGCCCUCGCAUCCCUGCUUCGGUUUCGCCGUGCACAGUGGCUGCAUCGGAAAUACAACUAUCCCACCCGGGAGUCCUUCUCGCGUAUGACCGACGAUGACGCCUUUGAGAUACAGAAAGUCCUGAUUCAGCUGGAGUUCCCCUUCUUCUACCUCAAAUCGCUCCAGUUUGCGCUCUUUAGGACCUAUGGCAUACCGAGCAUCGCGAAAGUCCUCAUUAACACUGCCCAAUUUUCCAGACCAGAGACCUCCCUGAAGCGCUAUGCCGAUACUGGCGCCCUCGUCCAGGAAUUUGUAGGCCAUGCUCCGUCCUCUAGACGUGCUUGCACGUCCAUCGCCCGUACGCGCUGGAUCCACAGCGGCUAUCGCGCAUCCGGCAAGAUUCUAGAAGAUGACAUGCUGUACACACUGGGUCUGUUCGCAGUGCAACCAGUCAGAUUCGUUGAGAGGUAUGAGUGGCGGAGCCUGAGCGACCUGGAACGGUGUGCUAUUGGCACCUUCUGGAAAAGCAUGGGCGACAGCCUAAACAUUAGCUACGAUGCCCUCCCGUCAGGAAAGUCCGGGUUCCGUGACGGUCUUCAGUGGCUGGAGGAAAUAAUGGCCUGGAGUGAUGAGUAUGAGGCUCGUUGCAUGGCCCCGGAUAUCGCGAAUCACAAAAUUGCCGAGCAGACUAUCGCGGUAUUGUUGUACAUGGUUCCUCAGCAGCUGCAGUAUCUCGGGAUGCGAUUUGUGUCGUUCAUGAUGGAUGAUCGUCUGCGAAAAGCCAUGCUGUACGAUCCUCCCCCUGCGUUUGAUGCCAGUGUGUUCUCGUUUCUCUUGUCUGCUCGUCGAUUCGCCAUGCGGUACCUUGCGCUUCCCCGCCCCUACUUCCUGCGAUAUACUACGCACACCGAUGAGCUGGACAAGAACGAUCGGGUCUUUUCCACCAACUGGGAUGCAGCCCCGUACUAUGUCAAGCCCACUUUUAGGAAUCGCUGGGGACCGGUCGCUUGGCUGACCUGGGUACUUGGGCGUCCUCUACCGGGAGACGAUGGUAGCAAGUAUUAUCCACAAGGAUACUAUACUCCUGAUGUGGGGCCUAAGUACUUCGAAGGCAAGGGUCGUCGGGAUAUGGAGGACACCAUGAAGGAGUUGGAGGCCACGCGACGGGGCCAGUGUCCUUUUCUUUGA